AAUGUCAACCAACCAGAUUCAGUAGUGACACGUGAAAGUAUCGUCGCUCGUCGGAUUUUGAUUCUGUCAUGGAAGUUUCCUUGAAUUUCAGUGGUGGAGCUGAGUUACUCUUUGGAAAAAUCAAGCAUCAUACAAUUAAUCUGCCUGCUGAGGAAGCGUGGAGUAUGAGGAAACUGCUUAAUUGGAUAAAAGAUAAUCUAUUGAAAGAGAGACCUGAGCUUUUUCUUCAAGGAGAUACAGUGAGACCUGGAAUUUUAGUGCUUGUUAACAAUGCUGACUGGGAAUUAGUGGGACAGCUGGAUUAUCACUUGCAGAAUAAGGAUGACUUAGUUUUCAUAUCAACACUUCACGGAGGAUAGAUGGUGACCUUACUCAUUUUUUAUUUGUCAAUUUGACAGUGUCUUUCAUCCAAAUUUGUGAAUACAUUGAACCAAAAAGGAUCACUUGUGUCCCUCUUAAGCAGGUUUCUGUGUGCCUGACUUGACAUCCACAAAGUAGGCAUAACUUUCUACGUUAAACCUGGUGUUGGUCACAAGUUAUCAACCUCAUCCUUAGUUCCUUACUAUCGUGUCCACCAUCGUCGUACUAUUUAAUCACUGGUUCAUUUUUGCAAGUAAUUUGUUUGGGUGUGAAGCGAAAACUGAAGUUCUUUCUCUCUGCGAAUUAAAAAUAUAUUCAAGAAAUGCGACCAUGUGUGUUAUACAAAAUAUUGAAUGUUG